AUGCCUAAAUUGUCUCACACAAUUGUUCUUGCACUGAUUGCAACAUUGCAUACGUGCAAUGCGGCAUUCUAUAACGUGGUAAACUUUGGAGCGAAGGGCGAUGGGGUGACGGACUCGUCAUCGGCCUUCCUCAAGGCUUGGGCGGCCGCCUGCAGCUCGGUUGAGCAAUCCACCAUCUACGUCCCCAAGGGGACGUUCUUGGUGAACUCGAUAGUGUUUAGCGGAGCUUGCAAGAGUAAAAUGCAGCUCCGAAUAUAUGGAGCUCUUGUAGCUCCAUAUGAUUACAAGUCUUUCCUCUCUGAUCAAGCUUGGAUAACAUUCGAAUAUGUAAAUGGAGUAUCAGUUGUUGGCGGCGAUAUUGAUGCAAGAGGCUCAAGUUAUUGGGCAUGUAAAAAAAGUGGAGCCAAUUGCCCCUUUGGAGCAAGGUCGUUCUCGUUCCAAACUUGCAACGAUGUGGAAAUCAAUGGUUUGACAUCGCAUAACAGCCACGCAGUCCAUGUUUUUAUUAAUGGAUGCAACAACAUGAGAAUUCAAGAUUUGACAAUUGUGGCUCCCGGUGAUAGCCCCAACACUGACGGCAUCCACAUCGGGAAUUCGAAUAAUAUUAGUGUCAGGCAUGCUAAUAUUGCCACCGGCGACGACUGUAUCUCCAUUGGCCCCGGCACCAGCCAAAUGUACAUGGACAACAUUGUUUGCGGCCCUGGCCAUGGCAUUAGCAUUGGAAGUAUGGGAGGCAAUCCAGGCGAAGGCGGAGUGGAACACAUUGUCGUAAACAACUCUAUCUUCACAAGAACAGAAAACGGAGUUCGGAUUAAAACAUGGGCUAAACCAUUCAAUGGAUACGCAAGAGACAUCAUGUUUGAAAAUUUGCAAAUGCAAAAUGUUUCCAACCCUAUAAUCAUUGAUCAAGAGUAUUGCCCAGAGAGGAAUUGUCCAAAUGGGAACUCCGGGGUGAAACUGAGCGACGUUUCGUUCUACAACAUCACAGGCACAUCGUGGACUCAAGAUGCGUUGGUGUUGAUUUGCAGUUGGACGAAGCCGUGUGAACGUAUAUAUCUGCAAGAUAUUCAUCUAAAUUACAUCAAUGCAUUGCCUAUCAAACAGCAUGCAGCUUCACAUUGUGAAAAUGCAGGAGUCAUUUCGAAUGGUGUUGUAAUUCCAAAUUGCUAA